CCCCAGCCAGAGUCACUAAGACUCUGAGAGAAAAGUCAUGGAGCUGUACACAACAGCACUCUUUGGCGUGCUUCUACUAGUUCUGUUUUGGAUAUUUAGAGUGAAAAGCAACAGUAAUUUACCUCCAGGACCUUUGGCACUUCCCAUUGUUGGAAACCUGCCAUUUAUGGACAAAAAUGCACCAUAUAAAUCCAUAAUGGAGUUCAGUAAAACAUACGGUCCUGUGAUGACCAUAUACCUGGGCUGGCAGAGAGCUGUUGUUCUUGUGGGCUAUGAUGCAGUGAAGGAGGCUCUAGUGGACCAAGGAGAAGACUUCUCUGGUAGAGCUCCUAUACAUUUUCUGCACAAAGCUACUCGGGGCUAUGGUUUGGGCAUCAGUAAUGGUGAGCGCUGGAAACAACUCAGACGCUUCACUCUGACCACUCUGAGAGACUUCGGCAUGGGACGUAAAGCUAUGGAAUCGUGGAUCCAGGAGGAGAGCAAGCACAUGAUAGCACGCAUCAACACAUUCAAUGGGAAGUGCUUUGAUCCCACAUUUAUCUUGAGUCAAACUGUCUCCAAUGUGAUCUGCUGCCUAGUGUUUGGAGAACGCUUUCACAGUGAAGAUAAACAGUUCCUUCGACAACUGCAGAUCUUAAACAAGUUUAUAAAAUUUAACAGCACCCCUUUUGGACAGCUCUACAACAUUUUUCCCUGGCUGAUGGAUCGCCUUCCUGGCCCACAUCACACUAAGUUUGCAGAAAUUAAUGAGGUGAGAGAGUUCAAUAGGAAGAAGAUUGAAGAGCACAUGAAGACACUGGAUCCCAGCUCUCCACGAGACUUCAUCGACUGCUUUCUCAUCCGCAUGAAUCAGGAGAGAAACAACUCAAACACUGAGUUCCACUUUGAGAACCUGUGGUCUACAGUUCUUAACCUAUUUGCAGCAGGAACAGAGACCACCAGCUCUACCAUCAGAUAUGCUCUGAGCGCUCUCAUCAAAUACCCUGACAUUCAGAAGAGAAUGCAGGAGGAAAUAGACACUGUGAUUGGUCGAGAGCGUAGUCCCAACAUGGAAGACAGGACGUCCCUUUCCUUCUGUGAUGCAGUUAUUCACGAGGUUCAACGCUCACUAGACAUGGUGCCCUUCAGUCUACCACACUAUGCAGUCAAAGACAUCACUUUCAGGGGCUAUACAAUCCCAAAGGGCACUUUCAUAUUUCCAAUGCUACACUCUGUGCUGAAAGGAGAAAAGCAAUGGGCCACUCCCUUCACCUUUAACCCUCAGCACUUUCUGGAUCAAAACGGGAACUUUAAGAAAAGUCCAGCUUUUAUGCCUUUUGCUGCAGGGAAGAGGGCGUGUGUUGGGGAGUCCCUGGCCCGUAUGGAGUUGUUCAUCUUUAUAGUGUCUCUGCUGCAGCACUUCACCUUCUCAUGCAGUGGAGGUCCUGACAGCAUCAACUUGACUCCUGAGACCAGUGGCUUUGGCAAUGUGCCCCGAAGAUAUGAGGUCACUGCCACAACGCGAUGAGCUAAUUCAUAAUGCAAUGAAAUAAGUGAUGUUAUGGUACCAAAGAGAGGCAAUAGGUUCAACUUGUGUAAUAACAUUUUCCUUUUACAUGGAUCUUUUUGUAGAAUUAUAUGUAGGUAAAAUGUGGAUAUAAAUGUGAAUAUAUAUAUAUAUAUGUGUGUGUGUGUAUGUGUGUGUGUGUAAUAUGAUAAUUGUGUGUAUAUUGUAAUAAAGUUGAUAAU